AUGCUGUUUUGCCUACCUUUUAUUUCCAAGGGCUCGUUCUCGCCCUCAAGAUUUAGGCUAUUUUGUUUACGGUUAGUGUUUGGGAGGGCCCGUUCUCGUUUAUUGGGUCGAUUGAUGGCUUGGCGAAUUCCUGUAUCUUUACGACCUUUAUUAAUGUCAAUUUUUCUUCAUUUACAGCCAGCAGCAGCAGCAGACAGCAGAUAUCCAUUGGAGGCUUAUGAAUCUUUUGGCGAUUUAUUUUGUCGUACAUUAAGGGAUAAAGCAAGAGAAAUCAUGGAUUUAUCUCCUUUUGCAAUGGUGAGCCCGUGUGACUGUACGGUAUCGAUAUUGGGUACAGUAGAAGGGGAUCGCGUUCCCCAAGUAAAGGGAGCGACUUAUAGCUUGAAGGGUUUUCUUGUGCGAAGACAUAUGCAUGGAGAGUGUCUACCUGUAUUCAGAUCCUUCCUUGCUAAAUUCAAUGACAUAUUCAGUGUACAAGAACGUAUAAUUCUUAGCGGCAGUUGGAUUGGCGGGGGUUUGCAUAUUGCUGCUGUUGCUGCAUGCAAUGUUGGGAAUAUUCGUCUUGAGAAAGAGCCCGAUUUAAGGACAAAUCAAGACCGUGUUGUGCUGAGGCAUCUUGGGGGCGAUGUAGACAUCCGCACAUAUUUGGGUAAACCCUAA